UCAACUUCCCUUAUACUCUAUUUCAUAUUCUGCUUCCUUCACUUACAUGUCUGCAAGAUUUCACUGAGUUUAUCAGCAUCUAGUUCAGUUUGGCUGUCAUCGUAGCUAUGGAAGCAAGGGUACCUGGUCAAUAUGUGCUCGUAUUUGAGGCGCCUCCUACAGUGAGGGAACCGAGUCGGUAUUCGCAUCGGUCAAUCGAAACACUGAUAGUAGUGCUGGCUGUGAUAACUAUCGUAGGUGUUAUUGCAGGUAUCAUUUCUCGGCUGUGUGGUGGAAGGCAUUUCGGUGGGAAUGGGGAGAAUGACAUUGAAGGCUGGAUAGAAAGCAAGUGUAGAAGUUGCAUUGAUGGUGGAGUCCCUCCUCCGGCAGUUCAACCUCCCAGUGAGGAAUCAAAGCAAGAGGAAAAGAAAUGAAGACUCAUACAUAAUAAUCCAUCUGAUGCAAAUGUAAGUGUGAUUAUUGAUUAUUUUAUGUGUUGGGGAUGCUGUUAGAGACAACAUUAUAACAAUGUAUUAGCUGA